AUGUACUCGGUAAAAGAUUACCUUCUCAUUGCUGGAAUUUGCCAGCUGUACAAGAAUGAUGUCGUUGCUAUCAACAACGCAUUAGACCGAUACAAGGACCUCGAUCCGACAUUUUCCAGAACAUGGCAAUACAGAUUUGUAGUGGAUUUAGCUGCUGCCAUUGACAAGGAAGAUACGGCCAAGUUCGCUGAUGCAGUCAAGGAAUAUGAUAGGGUUACCCACCUGGAUGCUUGGAUUACAACACUCCUAUUGAGAGUGGAGGAAGCCUUGAAGGCCAAAGAGCUCCAGGAGGUUUCGCAGGGUAUUGCUACUUGA